UAUCUGUCAGUCAGGGUCACUUUAGUUUAUCUCCAAACGGGCAGAAUGGCACAUGUGUGAGAAAUAAAUUUAGAGUUAAAAUGUUUUUAUUCGCCGUGUUAAUAAUAUUAUCACUUUCGUGUGUUUUUGCUAAUGAAAGCUCUCCGUUAAAAAAAAGUAAAUUAAUAAUUGACAAUGAUGCUGGUGGUGACGACGCAGUGGCCAUAUUCCUUGCGCUACUUUAUGAGAAGCACUUCAAUGAGUCUCAACUUCUAGCGCUUACUACGGUUAAUGGUAACACAAUAGAGAGUAAUGUGUGUAUAAACAACCAGAGAAUUCUUAAAGUAGCUAAACGGCAAAAUAUUCCUAUUUAUAGAGGGGCUAAAGACUCUCUUUUAAAAGAUUUUCAAAGAGGCAAUUAUUACGGAGACGAUGGACUCGGAGAUAGUGGUGAACAAUUGAUCGAUUUGCUGCCAGCCCAGGAGAAGAACGCAGUAUCAGCUCUCAUUGAUCUGACCAAAACUCAUCCAGGCGAAGUAACUGUUAUCACAUUGGGGCCCUUAACUAACAUCGCUUUGGCAAUAAGGUUGGAUCCGGAAUUUAUUAGUCGAUUGGCUCAUUUGUACAUCGGCGCUGGUCACAUUCACGAUGGUGCUAAUCCCGAUCCCGAAUUUAAUGCACGUAUGGAUCCCGAAGCUUAUCAUAUAGUUUUGGAAAAUUUGAAUCCGGAUAAGACCACACUUCUACCAUUCUCGCAAGUGAAGAAGGACCUUGAUUUUAGUAAGGAUUGGAGACAAAACGUCUUGGGUGCAAUUGACAAUGACGCGGUCAAAGCUAUAAACAAAUAUGAGCAAGUUUCGAUGAAAAAGAAUGAACGUUGGCGUGCUCUCGAUCCUGCGGUAAUUGCGAUAGCAAUCAUGCCAGAUAUUGUGGAUGAAAAUAGAUAUUCUAGGAACAAAAUAAUUUUGAACGGUGAGAAACGAGGCAUCAAUACGAAUGAUUUUGUAGAAAAAGAUAAAGCCAACGUCAGGAUCGCUACUAACCUUAAUAAAGAACAAUACAGGAAAUUUAUUUUUAAUGUGUUCUCAGCUGAGAAAUAAUUUUGUUAUGUUUUUAUUCGGUAGUGGCACGCGCGGUUUUAGUGAACAAUAGACAAAAGAUUAGCCGCUCCGGGCCAGCUUCAAAUCGAACGACUAUACAGAGAUGUUAUUUUAAUUUACAAUGGUCUUCAUGUCCUGCCUCAGAGAGGCGUGCAUUAUGGGAACUUAAUUCUAAAUGAGAUCAUUUAUGUGGAUACCUAUAUUGACCUUUAAUAUUAACUUAUGCUACCAUUACAAGAUUAGUUGACAUAUUAUUUUUCAUUCUGUUAAGAAAUCAGAGAUGCUCCACAACAUUUCUCCACAAGCCAGUGAAAAAGUUUUCUUUUAAAUGCAAUAGGCAUCAAUUUCUUUAAGUAUAUUGGUAAUUUAUUAUAUAUCUUUGAACACAUAGCCAUAACACUCUUUGAAAAAAAUGCCGUCGUUGACCUAGGAUAUCCAAUAUUAUUACCAUAUUUGGACUGAAGACAUGGUCUUGGAUUUCUGACUUCAAGCAUAUGCGGGUUAUUUUUCUAUCAUGAAUAAAUAUCUCGGCUCGACUGCUUGAAUAAAGCAAUAGAUUUAUAAUUUACACAGCCAUUAGCUGAGCAACGGACCUAUUGCACACACCAUUACCGCCUAAAGCUGUAAUGAUUAGUUCCUGUAUCCUUAAGUUGGUGCUACAUACUUAGGAGGGGCUUUAGUGCCUUGAGGAAGUAAUCGGUCGGAAAUUCCGAAAAAAUUUACACAUCUCUAAUUUAAGAAUCGUGGUCCAAAAACUACUCCAAAACUAAAAACUACUAAACGGAUUUUCAUACGACUUUAAUCUAUCAAUAUAGUGAUUCUUGAGGAAGGUUUAGGUAUACAUAUAACUUGUUAAGGUUUUGUGUGAAUUGGUUGAAAUAUAACGAUGUUGUCAGAAAAAAAUCACGCUGGCUAGGACCUUUAACUGAAAACGCUGCCUAAUCCGUUUGAGCUAUAAUAACACAAUGUAUGGUGGAAUUGUUUCUCUUUCAUGGGUCUACAAAAAAGUUCGCCAUGUUAAAUGUCUAUCUUUCAAGAAUAACUUCUAGAAAACGAUCACAUAACAUAUGGCAUUUGCAAAGCUAUUACGUUACGUUUAAGUUAUAUUAAUCAUUUCAUACAGAUUACAAUGGUUCGUUACACCAUACAAUUUAAAUGAAUAUUUCAGGAGUAAUUAUAAAUUAAAGUUUCAUUUUGAGCCAUAUAACUUGUACGAAAUGUUAAAGACGCUAUCCCCAGAUAUUUUUUAUUUUUACCACCUUAUGUGCUAGGAUCGCUUUACUUACCCCCACCAUGAACUUCGCACGUAGCCAAUACAGUAUCUACUGAACAACCUCCUUUCAAGUUUGCUUAUUGGGACGGAUUAGAAAAACCACGGAAUCCUACACUGCUUCAGCAUGACGUGACAUGCUCUUGGUAAGUUUUUUAUCUUGAAAUAAAAACAGAAAUAUUUACUUUAACUACACUUACACUAAAUACAGUUUAUCAGUAAAACCCAUCCAGCGGCAGCGUAUUUCGCCUUCCGCUCGAUAGGCAAUAAGUUUCCAGUGAACUUUUUCUAUUCCAUUAAUGAACACCGCAGAUCUGAUUUCGCUCCGACAGUUUGAUCGACGAGUUUAACAAGUUGGAUAACAGGUAUUAUCUCUAAUUUAUUUAUUUAUUAUACCUAUUGAAGUGUAUAUUAUAGAUAUGUUAAAGGUAAUCUAGAAGAGAUCGCCCUAUAGCGAUAAGACCGCCUGUGGUCUGCUUCUAUCAUUAAGCUGUACUUUUACUGAGCUGUGCCAAUAAAGAGUAUUCCAUCUAUCUAUCUAAGUACUGUUAUUAAAGGCGAUUUAAAAUCAACGUCAAAGAUUGUAAUAAAAUAAAGUCAUUACAAUUUAAAAAAUUGUCGUUUACAGGUUUCAGCGAAUCUAUUGAUUCCUCAAUCAUAAAAUGCCACUCGUGUGCUAAGUUAAACAGAAUAGCACCAAAGAAAAGUGUAGCUUAAGGUGACAGUCCAUUUUCAACUACAGCUGCACUACCGUUGCGACAUUACUGCAGCGGCAGACUGCUGCUGUUUGCGGCGUGCAGUCGCGGCAGCGUUCAUCAGUUGAUUGUUAAAGUCAAUUAGUUAUGAAUAAUGCCACUCUCAGACGUAUAAAUAAAAUUACUAAUUUACUUAUUUGUAUUUUUUUACGAGAAGAAGUAAGUGACGAUAAUGCUACA